AAAAUAUAACCAGACGUAAUCUAACCAUGGGAGACAAUAUACUAAAUUCCACUUUAAUUUUCUUUGUCAAUGGCAAGAAGAUUGUGGAGCAGCAUCCAAAUCCAGAGUUGACACUUCUAACUUAUCUUCGAGAAAAAUUACAUCUGUGUGGAACAAAGUUAGGAUGUGCCGAAGGAGGGUGUGGCGCGUGUACAGUGAUGGUGUCUCGAGUGGACAGAACCACACAAAAAUUGCAUCAUCUGGCAGUGAAUGCAUGCCUGGCUCCUCUUUGUUCCCUGCACGGACUUGCUGUGACAACAGUUGAAGGAAUUGGCAGCACCAGGACUAAACUCCAUCCUGUCCAAGAACGAAUAGCCAAAGCCCAUGGAUCACAGUGCGGUUUCUGUACACCAGGAAUCGUCAUGUCCAUGUACGCUACUCUGAGGAGCAUUCCGAAACCCACUAUGGCCGAUUUGGAGACGACCUUCCAAGGAAAUCUGUGUCGAUGCACAGGAUACCGACCCAUCAUUGAGGGAUUUCGGACUUUCACAGUCGAUGGAUGUUCCAUGGGAGAAAAUUGCUGCAAAGUCAACGGAAAUGGAAUAUGCAAAGAGGAAGAUACUCUCUUUGAACCCAACGAAUUUAUGCCAUAUGAUCCUAGCCAGGAGCCCAUCUUUCCGCCAGAACUUAAAUGCUCAGACGCACUCGAUCGCCAAUUCCUCGUAUUUCAAGGUGAUCGAGUUUCUUGGUACAGACCUACAAGCCUCAAUGAGCUUUUAAAUAUUAAAAAGAAGUUUCCUGAUUCGAAGAUUGUCGUUGGGAACACGGAAGUAGGAGUUGAAGUCAAAUUUAGAAAUUGCCUCUUUCCCGUUGUUAUCUCAACAGCCCAGAUUCCAGAGCUUAACGAAAUCACAGAAACAACUAAGGGAGUCAAGAUAGGCGCUUCUGUUUCUCUUGCUGAUAUGGAAGAAAAACUCAUAAGAUUGAUAGAAGACCGUCCAGAAACAGAGACUAGGAUUUUCAAGGCCAUUAUUUCAAUGCUACAUUAUUUUGCUGGGAAGCAAAUACGAAAUGUGGCUUCAGUGGGUGGAAACAUUAUGCAUGGGAGUCCUAUCUCUGACUUGGUGCCCAUCUUAACGGCCGCGAGGGUCGAAUUAGAGACCGUAAGCGUAGCUGGAGAUCGUCGUACGCUUUGCAUGGGCCCUGGCUUCUUCACCAGCUAUCGUCGUAAUCUCAUCCGAUCGGAUGAGAUCCUCGUGUCUCUGAUUUUGCCGUGGACUUGUGAGGAGCAGCAAUUUGUGGCCUUGAAGCAAGCUCGACGUCGAGAUGAUGACAUUGCCAUUGUUAAUAUUGCAGUUAACGUAAUUUUUGAAGAUCAAUCGCACAAAAUUAAAUCUCUGGAUUUGGCAUUUGGUGGAAUGGCUCCUACAGUUGUCACAGCACCAAUAUCCUCUGAAAGAGCCAGAGGCAAAGAAUGGGAUUCUGAUCUGGUGGAAAUUGUGUCAGAUGCCUUGGCUAAUGAACUUCCACUGGAUCCUGGAGCACCGGGUGGAAUGAUUCUCUACCGACGAUCACUUACUUUGAGUCUCUUCUUCAAGGCUUUUCUGGCCAUUAGUCGAGAUCUUAAGCGUGAUAUUGCACCAGAUGAGAUUAGUGGUGCUGAUAACUUCUGCACCCUACCUCCAAAAUCAACUCAAACGUUUGAAAAAAUUCCUGACAAGCAAGAGCCUUGGAAUCCUAUUCGACGUCCUCAUGUUCAUGCAUCUGCAUUCAAACAAGCAACGGGAGAAGCUGUGUAUUGCGACGAUAUGCCUCGCUUUGAAAAUGAGCUGUACUUAGCUUUCGUAUUAAGCUCAAAAUCACAUGCUAAAAUCACUAAUAUAGAUGCUUCUGAAGCCCUAUCACUUCCUGGAGUUGUAGCAUUUUACUCAGCUAAAGAUAUUCCGCCAGAACGAAAUAUUUACCUUGGAAUUGUCAAAGAUGAAGAAGUAUUUAUUUCAUCUAUUGUUACAUCUCAAGGUCAGACCCUGGGAAUAAUUAUUGCUGAUACACAAGCUCUUGCGCAGAGAGCAGCAAAAUUAGUAAAAGUCGAGUAUGAAGAUCUAUCACCCGUAAUUAUUACAAUUGAAGACGCCAUAAAGCAUCAGUCAUUCUUCACCAAUGUUCCUUUGGACAUAGUAAGAGGAGACGUUGUGGAUGCUUUAAGGAAAGCUGAUCACACAAUUGAAGGAGAAGUAAGAAUGGGCGGUCAAGAACAUUUCUAUUUGGAGACACAAGCAACCAUUGCAGCUCCUCGCGAUAUGGAUGAACUGGACAUUUACUGCACUUGCCAAGGUCUUAAUCAAGUUCAAAAAUAUGCAUCUUUCGUACUGAAUAUGCCUUCACACAAAAUUGUGUGUCACGUAAAAAGGAUCGGUGGAGGUUUUGGUGGAAAAGAAACCCGGAAUCCUUUGGUGGCCAUACCCGUUGCAUUUGCGGCUCACAAACUUCGGAGACCCGUUCGUUGUAUGUUGGAUCGCAAUGAAGAUAUGAUGAUGACUGGUACUCGUCAUCCUUUCCUUUACAAAUAUAAAACAGGGUUCACAAAGGACGGUAAAAUCACUGCCAUUGACAUGAAAAUGUUUAAUAACGGAGGGUACUCAUUAGACUUGUCUGAAGCCGUUUUAAUGGUAUCAAUGUUUCAGUUCCUCCAUUGUUAUAAUGUCCCCAAUGUUCUAGUACAAGGACGCGUCUGUAAGACAAAUCUUCCUUCCAAUACAGCUUUUCGUGGUUUCGGCGGUCCACAGGGGAUGUUUGCCAUUGAACACAUCAUAAGGCACAUAGCUCAUAUUUUGCAAAAAGAUUUUGUUGAAAUCAUGGAGCAAAACCUUGUUAGACGAAACGAUUUUACCCAUUACAAACAACCCAUUGAAAACUCAAAUUUAUUGAGAUGCUGGGAAGAAUGUAUAGUAAAUUCCCAGUUUCACAAACGGCGUGAGAUUGUGAAAAGAUUCAAUGAGAAAAAUCGAUGGCGUAAGAGAGGAAUUUCAAUAGUUCCUGUUAGCCAUGGUAUUUCGUUUAUGAUGAACGUCUACCAUCAAGCAAAUGCUCUCAUCAUGAUAUAUAUGGACGGAACUGUACUAAUUUCUCACAGUGGCAUGGAAAUGGGCCAGGGGCUUCACACCAAAAUAAUCCAAAUUGCUUCAACAGAGCUCAGUAUACCCUUUCACUUGAUCCAUAUUGAAGAAACAUCUACAGCUAAGAUACCCAAUGCUCCACCAACUGCUGCAAGUAUAUCUUCAGAGUUAAAUGGAAUUGCUGUAAUAGAUGCAUGUAGGAUCUUACAGGAACGCCUAAAGCCAUAUCGGACACAAGCUCCUGAAAAGAGCUGGAUAGAUUGGGUAAACAUGGCCCACCAGGAUCAAGUUUCUCUUGUUGCUGUUGGAAGCUGUCAGCUUCCUAAAAUAACACCUUAUUCACCAAAUAAUGAGACCAAUCACUUAUUUUAUUACUACACGAAUGGUGCUGGAUGUUCCGAAGUGGAAAUUGAUUGCCUGACGGGAGAUCAUCAAGUUAUCAGGACCGAUAUUGUCAUGGACCUGGGAUCGAGUAUCAAUCCCGCCAUCGAUAUUGGACAGAUCGAAGGAGCUUUCAUGCAGGGCUAUGGUCUGUUUACGCUAGAAGAAAUGGUUUACGGAGCAGAUGGAACACUCCUAUCACGUGGACCUGGAGCUUACAAGCUUCCUGGCUUCGCAGACAUCCCUGGAGAGUUCAACGUCUCACUCUUGAGCGGUGCCCCAAAUCCUAAAGCCAUAUACUCUUCAAAGGCCGUAGGAGAGCCACCGCUCUUCUCUGCGGCCUCCGUCUUUUUCGCCAUCAAAGAAGCCAUUGCCGAUGCUCGUCGGCACGAAAAUCUGAGUCCAGAUUUUCCACUCAUCAGUCCUGCCACUUCUGCACGCAUAAGAAUGGCAUGUCAGGAUCGAUUUACGAAAAAAUUUCAAUCACCGAAGGAUGGUACUUAUACACCAUGGAAUGUUAUGCCAUAAAUCCAUCAAAUUACUUACACAACUUUGAAGUGCCUUAUCAAAGAUUUCUGUACUGCUGAAAGCUGAUAAUAAUAAAAUGUGACUAAGUAUUUUCCACACA